CGUCGGCGUGCAGCGUUCACUCCGGGCUCCGGCAGCUCCACUCCGUGUAUUUCCUCUCACCCUGCCCGUGGGCCAUUCAUUGACAGUUUCGCUGACUGUUGUGUUCAGUCUGCUCUCUCGCGCGUCAGCUUCAACGUGCGUGCGCCUCCUCCGCGUGGGGAAAGGUGCACGCGCCGCAUUCGCACCUAAAGGGGCUUUCGGGCAGCGCGAGGACGGACACCCGCUUCCCCCCGCUGCACGGCUUCGGACCAGAGACUGACAAUCCUGCCGUGUACGAUGAGAAUGGACCGUUGAACCUGUGGCUCUGUGAUUGACUCACUGAGCUUUGCUGGCUGCUGUCGCUGUCAUGGCAAAGAGCCCGGAGGUGAAGCUAGCCGUCUUCGGCAGAGCGGGAGUGGGCAAAUCAGCGUUGGUGGUGAGAUUUCUGACCAGGCGCUUCAUCUGGGAAUAUGACCCCACGCUCGAAUCAACGUACCGUCAUCAAGCAAAUAUCGACGACGAAGUGGUGAGCAUGGAGAUCCUGGACACUGCAGGACAGGAGGACGUCCAGCAGAAGGAGGGUCACAUGCGCUGGGGCGACGGCUUCGUCGUCGUCUACGACAUCACCGACCGCGUCAGCUUCGAGGAGGUGGCCCCGCUGCGGAGCCUCCUGGAGGAGGUGAAGAAGCCCAAGAACGUGCCCCUGGUGCUGGUGGGGAACAAAGCCGACCUGGACCACGCGAGGCAGGUGGGCACGGAGGAGGGCGAGCGGCUGGCGGCCGAGAUGGCGUGCGCCUUCUACGAGUGCUCGGCGUGCGCCGACGAGGGCGGGGCCGUGGCGGAGGCCUUCCACGAGCUGUGCCGCGAGGUCCGGCGCCGCAAGGCCGUGCAGGGCAAGGCCCGGCGCCGCAGCUCCACCACGCACGUCAAGCAAGCCAUCAACAAGAUGCUGACCAAGAUCAGCAGCUAGGGGGCGCCCGCGUCUCCGCGGCAAACACCGAGCAAAGAAACGCGAUGUAAAUGUCUCACAAAACGUGUCUCCAACCGUCACGGGUCCGAAACCGGACCGCCUGACGGACGUCAAGCCGCCGGUGUGUCGUUACUCAGCUGCCCGGUCGCGGUCCACCUUAAAACCUACACGCCCCCCGGUAGGAGAUCUGCUCCGUCUCCGCCGACCGAGGGCCGGCUACAUCUGUGGUGGCGCUUUGCCGCUCGACUCGUAUGACACAACACCACCCUGGGGGGGGGGGGGGGGCGGACCGGGUGUUUCUGUUCAAAACAUGUGGUGUCGUUCAUGGUGCGACCGGCCCGUCCCCUACGUAAACAAACUCAAAAUCGACCCAAAACUGAAUUCGGACCUGACCCGGAGUGUGAAACCGCGCACGGAUCUGCACAGCGGAGAUAAAAAAUGGUCGAGGGGGGAAAAAUAAUUCAAAGUUUCCCCUUUUUGCAGCUCGCCAUCGGGGGGGAGGGGGGGGGGUUUCGGACUCGUUCGCUGCCCUCGUGUGGGUGUUUUUCUGUCCCGGCCGUCGGUCGACGUCAUCGUCAUUCUCGAUGUAGAAAAACGGCACCGGUUAAUUCCGCACCCCCCCCCCGAACAGGCGCCCCCUCUGGUCGGUCGGGGCGCCUGUUCGGCGGGGAGGGAAUAGCGUGAUCCUCCCACGUGCUACGUCCCCCUGGUGAAACUCCUCACUGUCAGGUGAAGAGAAGCGGCUGGCGACUCCACAUGUAUGGGAGGAGGCACGUGGUAGUCUGCAGCCCCCCCCCGGAUCGGUAGAGGAGGUGGAGCAGAGACCGGGUCGGCUCGGAAGAGAGGGGUAACUGGCCCGAUACAAUUAGGGAGAAAAAAAGUCCAAAAAAAAACCAAAAACAAGAACCCCCCCCCCCCCCCUCCAGACAAGACCUCUGACUCUGGGCCCCAAGUCGCUUUCCAUCAUGUAGAUAAGGUUCCCCACAUCCUGUGGACAUCAGACGCCCCUCCCCCCCAUCAGAACCACGACCCCGUGUUUGUCCAAGACUCCACUCGUGAUCCCAUCUCGCUGUCGUUUUCCCCAUCGAGGAACCAAGACGGUCCAACGUGUCCGGACCUCUCACGAGCGACCGUGUCUGCUUGUUAAAUGUCCAGAACUCCGAAGGGAAGCAGUCACCGUCCAUCCCAGCGGGCCCCGAACACUUCCUGGGGACAUUCGUAAAGGAAGUCAGCGUGACUCUAAAUACUGUAAAACCAAGUAUUAUAACUGUAAAACUAUGUACAAUAAACUUCCUUA